GUCAACUCCCGCGAACCCAAACAGGAAGUGUUUAUCGCAGCGUGACAAACUGCACCGAAGCGAUACACAUGUUGCGAGUGAACAGAUAUAUAAGCCAACAAAAGAAAGUACCGGCAGCACUGUUUCAGCACCAUGGCACCUACAGAUUUGAAAAGUUUGAUCCGUAGAUUCUGUGUUCUUCAAGCUGAACGUGUGGAGGCCUACAAGCUUUUUGAGGAGGGUCAUGAGGCGUACUUAAGGACGGGGCCCCACUAUGACUUCGAGCACUACAAACAGCUGGUACAUGAGAUAACGAAAGCAUUCUGUGGCAUUUCCAAAGAAGUUCUGGAGAUUAAAGAGCAACUACAUCAAGACUUUGACCGUCCCGACCUCUCCGAGCACAUAGAGAAACUGCAAAUAAACGAGAAGAAGAAGCUAGAGCUGACAGCUAAGUUACAGUUGGCUAAACAGAAUGCCCUGGACCAUCCAGAAGAUGAAGAGUUCCAGGAGAAAGUUCGGGAGAUCAAAAAGGAUUUCAUAAAGAAUAAAGCAGCUUUGGCUGAGAUUCUGCAAGAUUUCAAGUAUGAUUCAGAAGAACCGGAAUGAGAUGUAGACCCAAUCAGAAGACUUCUGUCUUGACAGAGAUGGAUUCAGUCCUCAUUGAACAUUCUCUUAUAAGAAAUCAUUUAAGAUCUUGAUCGCUGUUUCUGGCGUUGUACAAAUAGACUGCACUGCCACUGUCGCAGGCUUUGCAGAGCAUGUUUUGUUAUUUAAUUUAUGUAUUAAACAGAGUGUGGCAUCUUUUUUCAUUAUUGCAGUUAUGGUAGAAAUAUACUUUGAUUGUUUGUUGAAUCAAGUCAAUUCAAAGUGUAAAUCUGAACUAGGAAUAGAAAUAGGCAGCAAAAGUUAAACUAUUAUAAUUUUACAAAUGCUCCUUACAUUUUUUUUUACAGACAAAACUAUUUAUUCAUGAUACAUUAAUUACAUGAAAACCUUUUUGAACAGAGGUAAGAAAUAAUAAACAAAUAGAUACAUGAUCUGUAAGUGUUUACUAAUCAAGAGACCAAUAUUUCAUAUUCUCUUGUUUGUUACUUACGAAUGCUCACUGUUGGCAAAUACAUGAAAAUCAAUUUGGAAAAUCAAUGGAAAUCCAAGUUUGGAAAAUCUUUGUAAAUCAGCAUGACCAUGUUUCUGUCAUUUUCUGUUCUGAUCUGUGAAGGGGUUUCUGCAAGUAAUUUUCGAAAUGCUCCUUUUUUCUGUUCCAAAGUUAGAUUGAAUGGCUUUGUUUACAAUGCACAUAAAUCCGAUCCGUUUUUCAAAUCUGAUGUAGUAACAUCUGUUACUAAAGAAAUUAUUUCAGCAUCAGCACAACGGCAAUAGACGUAAGAGAGCAGCUAUUAUUGUGGAAACCAGAUGGAAAACUAAACUUUUAGCUGAAAUGUUAAACUCAUUAGCACAUCAGAAAUCACACAUGCCAGAGGCAUUAUUGUGCUAUUUACACGAUAACGCAUAUGUUGUGUCUUAAACUGCUUGCUUGUUCACCAUUCAAUACAUGGCGAAUACCACAUUUGAACGAAAUUGAGUGAAUUUUGACACGAUAGGCCUACUGCACCUCGAGUGUGACUUUACGGUGACGUCAUAUCGCGAGUGAUGAAAAAACUACUUGAAAUCCGAUCUGUUCGUUCAGACUGAAGAGCAUUUCCAAAAGUCUGAUUUUAAUCAGAUUCCUUCCAAAUAUGGAUGUGGUUUGGAACAGGCUUGUACAAAUCUUUUUUCUUUGAUCAGGCUACAUAUAUAGAAACAGAUUUGUGUUGAAUAUGCCAAAAAAUACGCCCCCAAAAAAAGCAUAAAAUCUGUGCUGCUUGUCUCAACAAAGCCUAUGCAUCUCCCAAAAUGCCCGUUUAUUAAAACUUUUUAUUUUCUAACAUUAGAUUUUAUGAUGUUUCUAACCACUUUUAAUUUGUAUUUUAAUGCCCUUAUAAAUAUGUCUGAGAAAAAAACACUUCCUUUGACAUUUUUUGCUUGGGACUACAGCAGGGGGCAAACAGUAGAUCAUGUCAGCAAACUGCAGGUUCCUUCAGAGAAUAUAAGGCUCAUCCAAAGAAAAUGUCCCAAGCAAUGGAGAGUAAUAAAAACUGUGUCGUUCCAUGCUCCCGCAAGCCUUCUUUGGAGUUUCGCUAUGAUUUACUGUUUUGUAGUACCUGAAAGGCAAGACAAUGGUCAAUUUACAAGUGAAUGUGAUGACUUGAUAUAUGAGGACUGAGAAUCGUAAUUAGUACCAGCCAUUCAUAUCAGACAGUGUGUCUAAUCAAGUGACCCAAGUCUCACAAUAGCCGUAACUGCUGAAUCAGUUCAAAGAGCUGCAGCGAAUGUCGGUUAGCAUUCGACUACGCCACACAAGCGGCUUCGGCUGAAUCACAGCUGAAUUUUGCUGUUUUUUUUGUCUAACAUAAAAGGAAUUUAUUAGAUGUCCUGCUGAUUACUUUGACUGGCCAUUCUCUCUCUGUUGUGGUAACUGACUGAAGACUAUAUGAUGCUUCACCAUUGGUAAAAGCUAUCAAAUGCGAGUGCAUUGUACAAAAGAAUAAACAUAAUUUGGUUCCCUUUUUUGUGGGACACAAAGCACAAAAUGCUAUUUACAUAAGCCAUAUUUAGUGUAUGUCAACAAUAAUGAUUUGCUUACUGAUAAAGUGGGGUACAUUUGUGAAAAUGCUUAUAAUGUAAUGAAAGUACUUCCAAUAAUACUUCUGUUAAAACUUGUGUAUUAUUUAAGAUGUAAAGUUGAAUUAUUAUUAUUAUUUUUUUUACAAAUGCUGCUGAUUGAGGUUAACUUGUAUUUAACUCAUUAGCAUCGUCAAUGUCACAAAUUUGCUUAUAUGAUCAGUGCCCUAGAAAUAGUCCAGAAUCUUAAAGAUUUCUUAUCUGAUUAAUGCCAUUAACUUUUCUUUGUUUAUAAUUUUUCAAAAUCCUAAAACCUUGUUAAUUUCUAGGUUUAAAUUAGAUUUUGAAACCCAGAUUUUCAAUGUGAACUUAAUACUUUUGAGCUGCAUUGUACAUGUCGCAAUGUAUGGUUAAAAUCUUAUUGCUGGAAGUAAAAUGAAAGAAGGUGCAGCUGCUUCUUAUCGACCUGGUCAUGUGUUUUAUUGGCUUUCUGUAGCCAGAUGCGCCAUUGAUCGUACAGUUUGAUGCUGAUGUCCGUGCAGCCAUAGGCAUCUUUUCGCAUCCAGCCAAAAAACUGCUUGAGCUCCCAUCUUACCGUUGUGUUCUGCUUGCUGGACUUCGAAUCACAUGAGCCACCAUGUGCCCUUUCUGCAGGGGAAAUGGGAAAGACACUACCGUUAUUUACUACAUG